CUAUAACGUCAUCAGUAAGCGCCACGAGAAGGUUCUUCUUUCACGGUGUUUGUUCCACAUGCCGCUUCGAGGAGUUAUAGGUCAAACUGCAAUAUAGGAGAGAUGUUCCGGUGUUUGACACUGCUUAGGUUGAGUCUCCAGACUCGUGGAAAGGCUAGUCUUUUCUCGUGUAGCCGAAGCCGGAGUGUCACAGCGACAUUCAGUGAAGUCAAUGCAAGUACAAGGACAAAACAGUAUGGCACUAAACUUAGACACUGGAGCCCAAGCCAUUUUGGUGUGAAGUUAACCUGCCGUUCCUAUAGCACUCAAGCAGAAACUGCUGAAGAGGAGAUUCUCCACAACAUUAUUAAUGACACAGAGAACGUUCAAGGGUCCUACUCUAAGCACGAGUUCCAGGCAGAAACAAAAAAGUUGCUGGACAUCGUGGCCAGGUCAUUGUACUCUGAGAAAGAGGUGUUCAUAAGGGAGCUCAUCUCGAAUAGUAGUGAUGCGCUAGAAAAGCUGCGACAUAAGCUUAUUACACGAGGAGGAGAUUCUGAACCUCUGGAAAUCCACCUACAGACUGAUGCAGCUAGAGGCAUUUUAACUAUUCAGGACACCGGUAUUGGGAUGAAUCAAGAGGAACUGAUUACCAACCUAGGCACGAUUGCUUGCUCUGGCUCUAAGGCUUUUCUGGAGGCUCUUCAGAGCCAAGCCGACACCCAAAGCUCCAUCAUCGGGCAGUUUGGUGUCGGCUUUUACUCUGCCUUCAUGGUGGCGGACAAACUAGAUGUUUACUCUCAGAGUGCAGAACCUGGUAUUCCCGGAUACAAGUGGUCCUCAGACGGCUCAGGAGUGUUCCAUAUUGCUGUGGCCAGUGGUGUGAGACAGGGCACUAAGAUUGUCUUACACCUGAAGGACGAAUGCAAGGAGUUUUCUUCUGAGGACCGUGUUAAAGAGGUUGUGAAGAAGUAUAGCAACUUUGUCAGUUUCCCCAUUUACCUGAAUGGCAGACGACUGAACACACUGCAAGCUCUCUGGAUGAUGGACCCUAAAGAGAUCAGUGACUGGCAGCAUGAAGAAUUUUAUCGCUAUGUAGCAAAGGCAUAUGAUAAACCACGCUACACACUGCACUACCGUGCUGAUGCUCCCCUCAACAUACGGAGCAUUUUCUAUGUUCCUGAGAUGAAGCCUACCAUGUUUGACGUGAGCAGGGAGAUGGGCUCCAGCGUCGCUCUGUACAGCAGGAAAGUCCUGAUCCAGACCAAGGCUACAGACAUUUUGCCCAAGUGGCUGCGCUUCUUGCAAGGAGUGGUGGACAGUGAGGACAUCCCCUUGAAUCUCAGCAGAGAAUUACUACAGGAAAGUGCUCUCAUCAGGAAAUUGCGAGAUGUGCUGCAGCAGCGAAUCAUUCGUUUCUUGUUGGACCAGAGCAAGAAAGAGCCAGAGAAAUAUGCUCGCUUCUUCGAGGACUAUGGGCUUUUUAUGAGAGAAGGCAUUGUCACCAGUGCUGAGCAGGACAUUAAGGAGGACAUAGCCAAGCUGCUCCGCUUUGAGUCCUCGGCAUUGCCUGCUGGGCAGCAAACCAGCCUCAUGGACUAUGCCUCACGCAUGAAGGCAGGCACCAGGAACAUUUACUACUUGUGUGCUCCCAACCGCCAUCUGGCUGAACACUCACCAUAUUUCGAGGCCAUGAAAAUGAAGGACAUGGAGGUGCUGUUCUGUUAUGAGCAAUUUGAUGAGCUAACACUGCUCCACCUCAGAGAGUUCGACAAGAAGCAGCUCAUGUCUGUGGAAACUGACAUUGUAGUUGACCACUACAAGGAAGAAAAGUUUGAAGCCAGCAAGCUAGCAUCAGAACAAUUAAGCGAGCAGCAUGCUGAGGAUCUAAUGGCCUGGAUGAGGAACUGUCUUGGUCAGAAAGUCACAAAUAUCAAGGUGACCCCUCGUCUGAACACUCACCCUGCCAUGAUCACAGUGCUGGAGAUGGGAGCAUUACGACAUUUCCUUCGCACUCAGCAGCUGGCACGCACUGUGGAGGAGAGGGCACAGAUCCUGCAGCCCACACUGGAGAUCAAUGCUGGGCAUGACCUCAUCAGAAAGCUUCAUGUGCUGAAAGACUCUAAUCCUGAACUUGCACAGCUGCUUCUUGAGCAGAUUUUUGACAACGCUAUGAUCACAGCUGGUCUGAAUGAUGACCCUCGGCCAAUGAUCUCUCGCUUAAAUGAACUGCUGACCAAAGCCCUGGAGAAACAUUGAGACCAGGACUGGAGAUUGGAGAAACCUGUCCCUAAGGAAUACUUUGUUUUGCAUCAUUACUACCAUCAACUAAUGUAGUAAAUUUUUUGUCAUAAUUUGUCCGACACGUUGCUGAAUAUGUCCAGACUAAUUUUAUUGAAAUAACAAGCUAUUUAGAUGUAAUAUUAAUUGAAAGUGGAUUAAAAUUAUGUCUCUUUCUAUGUCUUGAACCACUUUUUCAUUCCAAGGUUUAGGAUUACACAUCAGGUCUGGAUUCUCCCAACCUGUUGUGUUUUUAGUAAAUUGAAAGCAAAUUACAAAAAGGCACAAGCUAAUUACAACACAGCACACAUGCUGUUUUUUUUCACAAGCAAUUCUAUCACAUAUCACUGCUUAUAUCACUAUUUCACUUAAGCAACAUAAACAUACAGACGGACAAGUUGACUUGUUUUUUUAACUAAAUAUACUGUACAUAUCAUUACGGGUUGUGGUGUGAGUUUCACUUAAUACCAGCUUUGCUACAUAAAAGCUUCAAAAGCUUAUGAAUAUAGUGCUUAAUAAUAUGUGUAUAAGCAAGGCUAAUAGCAAAUCAUAAAAAUGUCAUUAGUGUCAGACAUCACUUCACCGAAAUGUGUUGGGUUGAAUGCCUGUACAAUCAACAUUAAGAGAAAAAAAACAUGCUCCUAACCCAAAUUGAAUAUGUGGAUUUCUCAUGUUUAUACAGCUUGAGGUAUCACAAUCAGCACUGAUAAAGGCAAAUACUUCAAUAUCCAUUAAAAAAGUUAAUCGGUGUGAUCUACAAAUUUAUUAAAGUACAGUAGUCCACAUGUGUGCAUCCGAAUAAAGACACAAAAUACAAUGCAGCGGUCAGAUGUGCAUUGCUUGUACUUAAUCGUUAAAGAAUAGGCUUAAGAAUAUCAUUGUCUUGACUAUUGUCAUACAAAAUAGAAUGCUCAUAAUAAUCUAAAAAGUUAAGAUAAUCUAAAGCGGCAUUCUGGCACGUGUCAAACACAAGACCCACAGCUUCAUUUCAUUUGACCCACGUGAACAUGGAAAAAAUAAUACCCAAAAUGGCCUCAUAGUAAAAGUGCUGAUCUUUUUCACACUAUCCAGAAUUUACGGCAAAUCUGUAGCCUAGCUAUCCGGUCUCAGCAGCAGCUGGUUUGACCCUGGUGUAAAAGGUGGGUUAAGACUUGUGUGCUGUCAACACUUUAUGCAAGUCACACUCACAUCUAAAAACAAUUAAGCAGAAUGUUGUGGUGUAACCAGAAACUAAUUUCAGAGGGAUAAGGAAAUAUACUAAAGCGGUGAUGACACAAAUUUGUUAUUUAUCCUAAUCGUUUAAGGCACCAUUUACCACCAAACAAUCUUUCCAUAUUAUUGCCGUGAAAUACAUUUAUGAUGCUCAAAAAGCUUAAAAGAACAUUUGAAUAAUAAUGACACCUUAUUUUAUAAAUCCUGAACUACUUUUCUUACAAUACAUGUAUUGCAGUGGUUUGAGUUGUUAUUACAAAAUAAAUGUAUCAAAAUGUAA